AUAGUACAUGUUCAGACAGUGACCACUGCGAUUAUAGACACGUUUCCUAGGCAACUUAUAGCCCGUAAACUGAUGGUAACUCUGACAGUAUGCAGCGUUCUUUUUCUUCUCGGCUUAUCAUGCAUCACGCAGGGAGGGGUUUAUUUCCUGCAGAUCCUAGACUGGUAUUGUGCUAGUAUUGCUGUUAUGCUGAUAGCCUUUUUGGAAACAGUUGGUCUUGCAUGGGUGUACGGUACAAAAAGAUUGUAUGGCGAUAUUGAGAUGAUGAUUGGUAGAACGUUGCCUCCUGUUUGGGGGAUAUUUUGGAAAUUUAUUACACCGUCAAUCAUCUUGUCCAUUUGGAUUUUCAAUCUUGCUCAAUUGGAGGCAGUCAAGUACGGCAAUGUGACAUAUCCGAUGUGGGCUAUCGGGAUUGGCUGGGUGGUAGCGUUCAUGUCCCUGGUACCCAUGCCUGUCUGUAUGGUUCAAGCACUAAGAAGAGCAGAAGGAAAUACAUUCAUUCAGAAACUUCGAUUCAGUAUUAAACCUAGUCCAGAAUGGAAGCCAGCUAACAAAGACUUGCAAGAACAGUAUCGGGAUAUGAUGGAAAAUAAUGUUGUUUUGUUUGAAGUCAAAACCUGAUAAAUAGGCAUCCAUUAUACUACUUAACAUUAUAUAGGAAUCACUGCUUAGACAUGUUAUUCUACGUAUCAUCGUAUAACGUACACGCAUAAUUAUGAAACAACUUGAUUACGUUUUAUUUCAUUUCCUUGUCAUUUCCCCUCUUUAUUAUAAAGAUAUGUUUUAAUUUGGCUGAGUUUUAAAUCACUCAGACACUUUUGAGGUCAUAUAGCGGAUUUCCUGCUAGCUUUUAUGUUCAACUCCGUACAUUAUUUCAGGCACGAACGGUCGUUUGAGUAGAACCACCGGCGUUCCUGAAGUUUGAAAAAUAGCAACCAUGUUUUUAUGUUAAGCAGUAUAUUAGUUAUUAUAUUUUUAAUGGUGAUUUAGUUUAUAUUUUAUUUAUAGUCAAUAUAUUUUUGUAUUUGUUCUUCUUUAAAAGCCAUUCCUAACAAUAAAAUAUACAAAUCAACUUUAUUUAUUUUCUUAAUGAAGUAAAGAACAAAAUAAA